UCCAUCUCUUCAAUUUUUCUCAACCCAUCUUUCAUUCAAUCUUUCUCUCAAUUACCAAACCAUGAAGAUUUUUCCAACGUCAAUCCUAAUCCUUUUCACUCUCUUUAUCGUCUCGUCCGCUAUCGAUAUGUCGAUAAUCGAAUACGACCAAACUCAUCACAUGAACACCAUGUUACGUACCGAAGAAGAAGUCAACGGUAUGUACGAUGCAUGGUUAAUUAAGCAUGGCAAAGUAUAUAAUGCUAUAGGAGAGAAAGAUAAAAGGUUUAAGAUAUUUAAGGAUAAUUUGAAGUACAUUGAUACCCAUAAUUCGGGUGAUCAUUCGUAUAAACUUGGACUUAACAAGUUUUCGGAUUUGACCGUUGAAGAAUAUAGGAUGGGUUAUACUGGUGUUAAGAAAAUUGAUAUGAAUAGAAAGAUGAAAAAUAAUAAUAAUGUUAAAAGUGACAGGUAUUUAGUUAAGUCUGGUGAUGUUUUGCCUGAUUCUGUUGAUUGGAGGACUAAAGGUGCUGUUGCUGCUGUUAAGGAUCAAGGAAGUUGUGGGAGUUGUUGGGCAUUUUCAACCAUCGGAUCAGUAGAAGCUGUAAACCAGAUCGUGACGGGUGAACUCAUCACACUAUCAGAACAAGAGCUCGUGGAUUGUGACCGAUCUUACAACCAAGGCUGCAAUGGAGGUGACAUGGAUUACGCUUUUGAAUUCAUUGUCAAGAAUGGUGGUAUUGAUACAGACACUGACUAUCCUUACACUGGCAAGGAUGGAAAGUGCGACGCUACCAGGAAAAAUGCAAAAGUUGUGUCAAUUGAUGGUUAUGAAGAUGUUCCUGUGAACGACGAGUAUGCAUUGCAGAAUGCAGCUGCAAAUCAGCCUAUUACCGUUGCUAUUGAAGCCAGUAGCAGAGAUUUUCAGCUCUAUGCUUCGGGUAUCUUCAGCGGUUCAUGUGGAACUGAUUUGGACCAUGGUGUAGUUGUGGUUGGGUAUGGGACCGAAAAUGGUAAGGAUUACUGGAUCGUCAGAAACUCGUGGGGUGCAGAAUGGGGGGAAGAAGGAUACAUAAGAAUGGAACGAAAUAUAAAAGAUAAAAAAGGUAAAUGUGGUAUUGCAAUGGAAGCAUCUUACCCGCUCAAGAAUGGUCUGAACCCACCUAACCCUGGUCCAUCACCGCCAACUCCAGCCUCGCCAGAAAAUGUUUGUGAUGCAUACUCCACUUGCCCUCAAAGUACCACCUGCUGUUGUAUCUAUAGCUACCAUAACUCGUGCUUCGCAUGGGGAUGCUGCCCAUUGGAAGGCGCCUCCUGCUGUGAUGAUCACUACAGUUGCUGCCCCCAUGAUUAUCCCAUUUGCAACACCCGUAGACGCACUUGCUCCCAGAGCAAGCACAGCUCAUUAGAGAUUAAUGCGCUAAAGCGUAUUCUUGCUUCACCAACUAACGUAAAGAGGACCAUUGCUUGAGAAGUCAUUAGAGUGGCAACCGAGAUAUCAGAAUGCAGGCAGUGAUGCAGUUAUAGGCUCACUGAAGAAUUGAUUACCUGCUUUGUAUUACUGGCUUACUGAAAUUUAGUAAUUUAUUUCGAGACAACUUGAUUAUUAUCUGAUGGUGUGCCGAGCUGCCAAUCAGACUGAUUUGUACAUACUGCAUUAUUUCCUGUAUUGAAUCUGAGCUUGAACAAGCUAGUAUGUUCAUGGUUCCUUCUUUAACUCCUUUCAUUUUAAUAAAUCUUUCUGUUUACAACAA